AUGAUAGCUAACCCUAUCAAUGAAAAAACUAUUGUUUGGUGGGAUUUGGACAAUUGUUCCAUGCCGCAAAUCAUCAAUGUUGAUGAAAUUAUAUUGGGAAUCCUUUCAAAACUGCAAAGAAUUAGUAUAACUGGGGAGAUACAAAUGCAUAUCUACGGUAAUAUGACGACAAAUCUACAGGCUCAACUCCAUUAUCGAACAAUUUUUUUCCAGCAUGUAGUUACGGGUUGGCAAGGUCAAGGUCGAGAUAAAUGUGACAAAGUUCUUUUACUGAAUUUGUAUAAGUGGGUACUUGAUAACCCACCUCCCGCUAAUAUAGUUUUAUUAUCAGGAGAGAUAGAUUUCUCGUUUUCUCUACACAGUUUAAGAAACCUUCGGUAUUUCAUUGUCUUAAUUAAUCCUAUUCAAACCUCUAGAUCGUUAUGCGCAGGUGCUGAUAGACUUUUAAGUUGGAACAAUAUCAUUACUGACUGUAUGAAAAAUGUUGUGAAUGUGGGGAGAAAUCCUCCUUUGGAGUUGAGCAGAUCUAUCAGUACCCGCCCUCGUGGAUUUAAUCCUAGUACAUGUCUUUUGGGAUCUGGACUGCUGUCUCAUUCCCACCAUUCUUAA